CGCAAGCAUUUUAAUUGUUGAUCCAAUCCGUCCCGCAAAUAAACAAUAAACAAUGGGUAAUCACAAGGUCCUCCGAUCGGCGGGCAGCAAUCUGCGUUACUCAAUGUACGAGUUUAUUGACGCGGUGCACAAACGCACGAUUAUAUGGCAGCGGAGGCACCCGAACUUCCACAACCGGGAGCUGAGGGAUCAGGCCUGGCAGCAAGUUGGUCAGGAGCUAUGCUUGAAUUUUGAGGCCUCCAGCGAGCCGGAGAAGCAGGAAAUCGUGAAAACCCUGCUUAAACGAUGGAAAAACACCAGGGACAGCUAUUUGCGGGUCAAUCGGCUGCGUCAAAAUGGCGAGGAGGUGGCCAGAGCAUCUUAUAUCUACGAAAAGGAGCUCAGUUUCCUGCAGGACGUGAAAGGCGAAUCGGAGGACGAUGAGGAGCCCUUGAAGGAGGAGGAGCCCAAGCCCCCGUUGAAACGGAAACGCCAGAGCGCCGCUCAGAGAUCCGCCAAGAUCCGCAGAAGGAGGAACUCCGGCCAGGAAACGAGUUUGGAAGCCCCCACCAAUAGCCCAGCCAUUUCGGAAAACCUGCAAUCGGUUCUGGAGGAUCUGACCUACACAAGCCAGGAUACUCCGCCUCCUGAGAUCAUAUCCCUCCCUCAGGUUCCGCCAGAUGCACCCUGUAGUACAAAUACCGCCGCCACAUCCGCUGAUCCCGACCAGGCCUUCUUCGACACCAUUAAGCCCCACAUGCAACGGAUGGACGCCGAUCGAAAACUUGACUUUCAGAUCGAGGUCCUGAAAAUACUUCGAAAUUUUAAGCCAAAUUAAAAAAUAACUACAAAAGCUAAA